CUCACUCCCACUCACACUCACACUCCCAUACUCACACCUCCAUAUCCUCUCACCUCACAAUGUUCUCUCUCAUUCACUUCCUCCUCUCUCUCUUCCUCAUCCUUCACCUCACUCCUCAACCAGUCACAUGUUGGCGUCCAUGGCCAACCACCCAAACAAACCUCACACACACUCCCACAGAUUUACAAUUCGGCCCCUCAAAAAAAUUCGAGGGUUCAUCUGAUUUUGUAGACCUCAAAUACCACAUGGGUCCAGUAAUGACCACCAACAUCACCGUCCAUAUAAUCUGGUACGGCACGUGGCACUCAUCCCAGAAGCGGAUCAUCCGUGAGUUCAUAAACUCAAUCUCAGACGAUUCCGUCCCACCACCUUCAGUAUCAGGGUGGUGGAAAACGGUUCAGCUCUACACUGAUCAAACCGGUUCAAAUAUCUCUCGAACCGUUAAAAUCGGUUCAGAGAAAAACGACAGGUUUUACUCCCACGGUAAAUCCCUCACUAGACUCUCUGUACAAUCAGUAAUAAAAUCAUUUAUUACCGCGAAAACAAAACCACUCCCAAUAACUCCUAAAAACGGAAUUUACCUCUUGCUGACGUCACCUGAAGUGUACGUACAAGAUUUCUGUCAACAAGUAUGUGGAUUUCAUUACUUUACCUUCCCAUCAAUCGUAGGGUACACGCUACCCUACGCUUGGGUGGGAAACAGUGCUAAGUUGUGUCCUGGUGUAUGCGGAUACCCAUUUGCAGUACCCACAUACAUACCCGGGUUAAAACCCGUGAAAGCUCCGAAUGGAGAUAUUGGGGUUGAAGGAAUGAUAAGUGUGAUUGCGCAUGAAAUAGCGGAAUUGGUUACUAACCCGUUAGUGAAUGCUUGGUAUGCGGGUAAAGAUCCGAUUGCACCGGUUGAGAUUGCGGAUCUUUGUGAAGGGAUUUAUGGGACUGGAGGUGGUGGGUCGUAUACCGGACAAAUGUUGGAGGGUCGUGAUGGUGCCACGUUUAAUGUGAAUGGGAUCAGACGGCGGUUUUUGAUUCAGUGGGUUUGGAAUCAUGUUGUUAAUUAUUGUACUGGACCUAAUGCUCUUGAUCAGUGAUUGUUAUAAAGUAUGGAGGUUUUUUUUUUUGGUGUGUGUGGGUAAGGUUAGAAUUUUGGGGUUUGAGGUUUGUGGGGUUAUGUUAGUUUGGGUAGAUUUUUAUUUUUCACUUGGGAAAGUUUGAUUAAAGAAAGUGUACUGUAUGGUAUGGUAUUGUAUUUGUAUGUAUACUAUCUUCGUAUACCAAAAAUAAAAAAAUUUAAAAAAUAAGAUAGUGGUAAUUUAGUAAA